GCUCUGCGAACGCAGCUUGGCGUCAUACGUGACCAAGGGCCUCUCGUGGCAGCCCAUCGUCGUCGACGGCGUCAAGGUCCCCGAGCUCAGCGCCGUCGAGUUUGUCGCGUCGUGCUUGGAGCGCUACACGUUUCUACCGCUUGUCGCCUACUGCUUGCAGCAGGACGCCGCCGUUGCCAAGGCGCCGUGGCAAGAGAAACCGCCGCUCGAACUGCAGCUCUGCGCGCGCUUCGUCGAGUACGUCGAGCGCGCGUGCAGCGUCGACGACCACAUGCCCAGAGAGGCGGAGCCAGCGCUGCUCUUUCUGUGUACCACGCUGUUUUGUCUUGUACUGCGGCUCGAGUCGGUGGCGAUGGCCUUCAAGCAAGACAUGCUCUCCCGGGUGAGCCAGAGCCUCUGGAACCUGGGCGAAGCGAGACACGCGGGCAAUGGUCUCGACACGCUCCAGCGCGCGAUCGGCUUUUCGUUUCUGCAUGCCUUUGCCAAACCCAAGUUUUCGACAUCGUUGCACACGUCGGCUCUGGCGCUGAGUCUCUUUGUGCGCGUGCACAGCCGCAAGGCGCUGCGCCUUGACAGCAACGGGCCGCUGGAAAUUUCCAAGUCGACGCGCCAGCUCCAAAAGGUGCUCGAGAGCGUCGGCAGUGAGAAGAAGGAGCUCGUGGCGCUUCUCAUUUCGUUUAGCACCGACCCGCGGCACAGUCUGGCCGACCACAAACCGUUCUGCACACUGCUCUUUGGCGAGCUGUACCCGGCCGCGCCGUGGCUUCUCAAGUCCCCACUCGAGCGCUAAAUCUAUCAACUUGAUAUUAUUUUGCAUGGC